AUGUCGGCAAGAAGUAAUACAAGAAGAACGGAAAUUACUUAUAUUACUUAUAUUAAAAGCACUCUGCUUGAACUUUUGGAAAAGGCACCAUGCUAUGCCAUUGCACUUGACGAAUCAUGUGACAUUUUUGAUGAUGAACAAAUAUCUAUUUUAGUGAGAUUUUUCGACAUUGAAAAUAAGAUAUUCAGGGAAAAAUUGCUCGCAAUAUUGCUUUCGAAAGGUAACACUCGAGGAGAAGAUUUAUUCAAAGCUAUUGACGAAUUUAUUAAUAAUUCCAACAUUAGUUUUGAUAAAAUAGUGUCGCUUUCAACUGACGGUGGCCCAGCGAUGAUUGGUAAAGAAAAAGGUGUAGUAAGGAAAAUCAGGGAUCAGAAUCCAGGUCUAAUAUCGUAUCAGACUGACCUUUGUGGGAAACUCAGUGCUACACUGAAAGAAGUAAUGGAGAACUUGGUGCAAUUGAUUAAUUUUAUGAGAUCUCAUUCAUCUCUUCAACACCGAAAGUUCAAGAAGUUUCUUUGA